CACAAACAUCUAUCGCUCCUCUCGCUCUCAAGCCAGCCUCACCCGCCAUCACUCCUCCUAAUCUGGACACUACUUCUUGACACAAUCCACACUCCCCCCUCCUCUUCUCUUCUUCUCUCUACCAUGUUCCAACGAGUCCUCAAGGCUGCAGGCAACCAGUCCUCACAGCCGCCUCCCUCCCCAUCAUCCAAGACAGACAUGCCCAUCACUACUCCGACUAAAUCUCGCUCCGCCGUCAAGGAGAACACUGCCCCCGCCGACCGCGACCGUGCCAGCUACCUUUCCUUCCUGUGGCAGCAGGACAGGCAGGGCCAGGAGCAGCAGCCAGCCCAGGACGAGGACGUCCACAUGCACACCAUGAAGGGUGCCCCUCCCUCUCCGUCCAAGGCGCCCGCGCCACCGGCCAAGGGCUACCACUACGUCCAGCCGGCACAGAAGAAGCUCCUCGCUGUCCCAGGCGCCUCGCAGGAUGUGCACAUGCGCACCGCCAAGGAGACGACCAAGGAGAAGGUCCUUGAACCGUGGGAGCGUGAGCUGCUCGCCAAGGACGAGGUCAAGCGUCGCGCCACCGUCGCCCAGAUCUACUUCCUCGACUACUACUUUGACCUGCUUGGGUACAUUGCGGACCGCCGCAAGCGUACCGAGAUGUUCAAGGCGGACACGGCGGUCCGCGGAGUGACUGGGGAUGCACUCCGGAAGGAGUACUCCAGCUACUGUGGCCGCGAACGUGUGCUGCUGCGCAAGCGCCGCACCAAGACUCGCAUGGACAGCUUCCACAUUAUCGCGCAGGUUGGCCAGGGUGGCUACGGUUCCGUGUACCUCGCCCGCAAGCGCGACACGGGCGAGGUGUGCGCGCUCAAGAAGAUGCGCAAGGGCACGCUCGCUAAGAUGGACGAGGUCAAGCACGUGCUGGUCGAGCGCGACAUUCUCACUGCCGUCAAGACUCCGUGGCUGGUGCGACUUCUUUACGCCUUCCAGGACCGUGAACAUGUGUACCUUGCCAUGGAGUUUGUCCCCGGUGGAGACUUCCGCACGCUGCUGAACAACUCAGGCGUUCUCAAGGAGGAGCACGCGCGCUUCUACGCCGCCGAGAUGUUCAUGGGCGUCAACGAGCUGCACAAACUCGGCUACAUCCACCGCGAUCUCAAGCCGGAGAACUUCCUCGUCGACGGCACCGGCCACGUCAAGCUCACCGACUUCGGCCUGGCAACGGGCGCUCUCAACCCGGCCAAGAUUGAGGAAAUGAAGUCGAAGCUCGACCAGGUCAGCGACGACAACCUCGUGUUCCGCAGCACGCUGGAGCGCCGCACAAUCUACCGCUCGAUGCGCAUGGCCGAGCCGCGGUACGCCGACUCUGUCGUCGGCUCGCCCGACUACAUGCCGCCCGAGGUGCUGCGCGGCAAGACGUACAGCUUCAGCGCCGACUACUGGUCGCUCGGCUGCAUCCUGUUCGAGUUCCUGUGCGGCUUCCCCCCCUUCAGCGGCAGCUGUCCGGAGGAGACGUGGGCGAACCUGAAGAACUGGACGCGCGUCCUCCGGCGCCCGGUGUACGACCGGCCCGAGGACCUGAUAUUCAACCUGUCGGACGUGGCGUGGGACGCCGUGUGCCGGCUCAUCGCGGCGCCGCGCGACCGUGUGCAGACGCUCGCGGACGUGGCCGCGCUCCCCUUCUUCGCGUCCCUGCCGUUCGCGCAUCUCCGCGAGACGAACGCGCCCUUCGUCCCCGUCCUCGACGGCGACACCGACGUCGGGUACUUUGACAGCUUCUCGAGCCCCGAGGACAUGGCCAAGUACGCAGAGGUGUUCAAGAAGCAGCGCGAUGUCGAGGCCGUCGAGGAGCGCGGCAUGGGCGACCGCAAGAACUGGAUCGGGUUCACUUUCGGGCCCAAGGCCGGCCUGCCUCCCAACAACCGCAUGCGCAACCCCGAAGACCCGCUUGCCGUCAUGUUCUAGCCUGUUGCGCCUCGCUGGCCCUCAGCCGAGUACCUUGUCUGCCUCUCCUCUUCCACUUUUGUUUUGCAUACCCAUCCCUUUGUGACCAAGAACACGCUGUGUCCCAUGUAUGACCGUGAUGAUUG